AUGACCUUCUCCGAGAUCCUGGACCGUGUGGGCAGCAUGGGCCCCUUCCAGUUCCUGCACGUGGCCUUGCUGGGCUUCCCAAUCCUGGGCAUGGCCAACCACAACCUGCUGCAGAUCUUCACGGCCACCACGCCCAGCCACCACUGUCGCCCGCCUCCCAACGCCUCUGCGGGGCCCUGGGUGCUCCCCGUAAACCAGAACGGACAGACUGAACGGUGCCUCCGGUUCGUGCAUCCACCCAACGCCAGCCUGCCCAAUGACACCCAGGGGGCCACCGAGCCAUGCCUGGACGGCUGGGUCUACAACAGCACCAGGGACACCAUUGUGACAGAGUGGGACUUGGUGUGCAGCUCCAACAAACUGAAGGAGAUGGCCCAGUCGAUCUUCAUGGCAGGCAUCCUCAUCGGAGGCAUCGUGCUUGGAGACCUGUCGGACAGGUUUGGCCGCAAGCCCAUCCUGACCUGCUGCUACCUGCUGCUGGCGGCCAGUGGCUCCGGCGCAGCCUUCAGCCCCACCCUCCCCAUCUACAUGGUCUUCCGCUUCCUGUGUGGUUUCAGCAUCUCAGGCAUCAUCCUGAGCACCGUCAUCUUGAAUGUGGAGUGGGUGCCCACCAAGAUGCGGGCCAUCACGUCGACAGCAAUUGGGUAUUGCUACACCACCGGCCAGUUCGUUCUGCCCGGCCUGGCUUAUGCCAUCCCCCAGUGGCGCUGGCUACAGUUAACCGUAUCCGUUCCCUACUUCAUCUUCUCCCUGUUAUCCUGGUGGAUACCAGAGUCCAUACGCUGGAUGGUCCUGGCUGGGAAGUCCUCAAAGGCCCUGAAGGUCCUCCGGCGAGUAGCCAACUUCAACGGCAAGAAGGAGGAGGGAGAAAAGCUGAGCCUGGAGGAGCUCAAACUCAGCCUGCAGAAGGACAGCUCUUUGGCCAAGGCCAAGUACAGCACAGCUGACCUGUUCCGGACACCCAUCCUUCGCCGCGUGACCUUGUGUCUUUCCUUGGCCUGGUUUGCCACCGGUUUUGCCUACUACAGUUUGGCUAUGGGUGUGGAAGAAUUUGGAGUCAACAUCUACAUCCUGCAGAUGAUCUUUGGGGGGGUCGACAUCCCCGCCAAGUUCAUCACCAUCCUGUCCUUGAGCUAUCUGGGCCGUCACAUCACUCAGGGCGCCGCCUUGCUCCUAGCAGGAGCGGCCAUCUUGUCUCUCAUCUUUGUACCCAUGGACAUGUCCCUCUUGAGGACGAUCCUGGCUGUGUUUGGGAAGGGAUGCCUGUCUGGCUCCUUCAGCUGCCUGUUCCUCUACACCAGUGAACUCUUCCCCACAGUCAUUCGACAAACAGGGAUGGGCGUAAGUAACGUGUGGGCCCGCGUGGGAAGCAUGAUCUCCCCACUGGUGAAAAUCACGGGUGAGAUCCAGCCCUUCAUCCCCAACAUCAUCUACGGGACUGUCGCCCUCCUGGGAGGCUCUGCUGCCCUCUUCCUGCCAGAGACCCUCAAUAAGCCCUUGCCAGAGACUCUGGAAGACAUGGAAAACUGGUUCCUGCGGUCCAAGAAGCCGAAGCAGGAACCUGAAGCAGAAAAGGUGUCCCAGAGGAUCCCGCUGCAGCCCUCAGGACCGGGCCUGGACCGCAGCUGAGGACAAUGGAGUCCCCUUUCCCUGCCCUCCAAAGACUGAUCCCAGCCGGGGCUGGGCCUACCGCUGAGCUCCUCGGGGGACCUUGAGGGUUAGGGGAGGGGUGCACGCUCCUAGGACAAAGCCUUCUGAGAUCUGGGAAAGGCAUCUCCGCCAACACCAUCAUCACCAGCCCUGGUACAGCCCUGGCAAGUGCAAAGGCUUGGCCACAGGCCCCUCUGCACCUAGCCCUGCACGCAUCCCCCUGCAGCCCAAGCUCUACAGUUCUGUCCAGCCCUUCCUCACUGCCCACCUUCCCCCAUGUCCCAGCUCCUUCCCCUGAGGACUCCUGAGGUCCCCUGGGGUGAUCAGUCCUAAAAGAGACCAUUGACCCUUCUUCUCUCAAUGCUUUUCUUCCAUGGGAGGU